AUGUAACCCUAAGAAGAGACUUCUUCUAACAGAAUUGUAAAAGUUCAAGAAGAAUGCAAAAUUGUGAUUGAUUUCACAUAAUUAAGAAAAGAGCAUUACAAUGUAUUAUCAAAGCGAGAAAAAGAUUAAGCAGUAUAAAUGCUUGGACCUAAUCCUUUGUAUGAUGAUUUUAAGAGGGUAAGUUAGGCAGUUGGAACUACCAUAAAAAACCUUAAAAGAUGGAAACGAUGUGGUACGGACAGGAAAAAAGGCUGCGGUCGUAAAAAACUUAAUCCUCAUGCUGAGAAGUAAUUGAUUGAAUGGGUUAUACAGAGAGUUCACUCAACAGGCCGAAAGAUCUCCAGAUAGGAAUUAAGAUGCAGGGCUUUAGAAUUAUUCGAAAAUCAACACUUUUGUGCAUCAAAGGGAUUCCUGGAUAAAUUUGUUAAAUCCUACUAAUUAAAACAAAUGAUGAAUGAGUAAUAUAUAAUAUAUAUAAGAAUAGUAUCUUAAAAAGCAAUGGAAAAUUAAACACAAAGAACCUCUCUACAAAACUAUCAUAAAAUGAUGUUAAAAUUGAAGAAGAACUGUAAUUAGAUACUGUUAAAAAAGAAGAAGAAGAUGAUAUCAAAAUAGAAAAUCUUAGUUUAUAUCCCAAUAAAAGUUUCUCAGCAUUUUAAACCUAAUGA